UGCAAGAGAAGAAAAGUAAAAAGCUAGCAAAAGCACCACUAGCCCACUUCCUUAUUUGUCGCGUUCUUCUCGCCACAAAACUACUGCGGCGGGCAGAGGAUGAUACGUUUUCUUCUUGCUUGUCUGAGGAGCCUGCCAUGGCUUAUCAGCUGUUGGAACCAAAGUUCAUAUGUUGUUAUCAAUGGCAAGUUGUGUCACAGACACAUGAUGGCUGGGAAAUGGGAUUGAAGCAAGAACAAAAGCAAUUUCCGUAAAAGAAGGAAUGAAAGUAAGAGAAUGUCCGGACAGUGAAGUCCAUGAAGCUAGAUUUCCCACCUAACCUGAGGUCCUCGCUCGCUUCUGAUCUGCCUUUGACUUCCGCUGGUGAGCUAAAAUUCCUUCAGUUGCUGUGGACAUGUCAGAAACCUCAAGCCUGUAAUUCCUCCAGAUAAAGAGAGACUCAUCAUUCUGUAUGGUCAUGAAUGGCGCCGACCUUCCCAUCUCUGACAGUUCCUGGGGCUUGGAGGCUCAAGUAGGAAUGCUGGGAAGAGAACCAUCUAGCAGCAGCAACUGCUUGAAAUGAAAUAAAGAAAUGAUCACCAACUUGAGAAUUGCGCACCCUUCCUGGUGCCCUUUCCUUUGAAGGAGAUUGUCUCCAAGCACCCUGAACAGCAGGACUGAGGCCCUCAGAUGCUUCACAGGCAUGUCAUCAGCCAAUGUCACCCCGAUCGUGAUUUGCAAGGACCACAGUGCCAACCACCGGCUGCACCUGAUUGGCUACAGCCUGAUCUUCACCGCAGGUUUGCUGCUCAAUGUGGCCGCUAUCUGGAUCUUCUUGAACUACCUGAAACUCAAGUCGGUGGUGAGCAUCUACAUGCUUAACUUGGCCGCGAGCGACCUCCUGUUCACCAUUUCUUUGCCCUUCCGUAUCUCCUACUAUUCCAUGGAGCAGUGGCCCUUUAAAGAAUUCCUCUGCCAGGUCUCGGGCUCUGUCUUCCAAAUCAACAUGUACGGUAGCUGCCUCUUCCUGAUGUGCAUCAACUUGGACCGCUACGUGGCAAUUGUCCACCCCCUUCGCUGGCGCCACCUCCGGCGCCCCAGACUGGCUCGGAUUGUCUGUCUUGUGGUCUGGGUGCUUAUCCUGGUAGGCUCUAUUCCUGUGGCUUAUGUCCACAAAUCCACUUCCUGUGUCAAAGACAGGACGACCAUCACUCUUUGCUUCGAGAACUUCAGCGAAGGCUUGUGGCAGAAAGAGCUCCUGCCCUUGAUCAUCCUGGCGGAGAUCCUUGGCUUUCUUCUGCCCCUGACCUCCGUUUCCUACUGCUCGGUCCGAAUUUUCCAGAAACUGUGCCAGGCUGGUGGGAUGCAGAGCCUGCGCCAACGGAAGACGCUUCGCAUGCUAGUGGUCAACCUGGUCAUCUUCAUUAUCUGCUUUGUGCCCUACAAUGUCGUUCUGGCAGUGUAUGGGCUGAUAAAAGCCCAGCUGAUCAAGACCGACGUGCAAAUGAAGGAUUCGGUACGGCAGGCCCUGGUCAUCACAGUGAUAUUGGCCAGUAUGAACUGCACUCUGGACCCCCUGAUCUAUUACUUCAACACAGAGGGCUUCCGAAACACUUUUAAUAAACUGAGGAGGGCGCAAGCUUGGGACUCUGAAAUGGGAACACUUCAGAAUCGAGUAACGGAAAGUAAGUCCUACCAGGCAACAAGUGCCAAGCGAGGAUUCCCGGUCCAAACGUUAAUCCUCCCCUACGAGGGCUUGCCAUUUGUUCCCCCUAAGAUAUUUUUGAACAGCCCCAUUGAAGAUUCGGAAAUAUAAGCACGGGGGGAGUGGGCUCCUCCGACUGGUGAUUACUGCAAGAAGUGCUUGCUAAGAAUUUCUGAAUGAUGAACAGAGGGGCGGGGAAUGCGAUGAAACAAAACUGUAAAGGGGGUAAAGCCUCUUAGAACAUGGAUGUUUGGAGAUGGUUUCAGACCUGUAGGGAAUAUGUUUACAUGACCACGGUAAUCUGUUUCUACACCCUAGGCAUUGUCUUCUUCUUUAGCGAUCACUCGUAGCUGAGUAAGAUUGUCUUCCAUAAACAUGGUUUUAACCGUGGGUCCGUAACUGACUGGGGAGGCCAAUUCUGGAUCCACAUGUCCAGGCAGGAGUUGAUAAUUGUGCCUUCCUCUUGGUACAUUUCUCCCUUUCAUCCUGAGUUCGAGCA